AAAAUUUCCUUUUUGGUCACCCGGAUUCUCCCGCCCCGAACACAGUGUGAAUAUGGUAUUUUCUGCCGUUAGGCAUUGGUUGUAAGACUGCACCAUAUUUUAUCGUAUCAGUUGGAGCCAAUCACUGCUCUAAACAAAUUCUAUCCCCUCCCUACUUUCCGCUUCCCAGGUACAAGUUUGGGCCGAGUCAAAGGGCGAGGUGGCUCAAUUCGACGUCACCACCACGUGAUCAAUCACAGUCGAUCCCCGAAGCGGCAAUGAGCGGCACCCCGGCUCUUUUUUGCUCUUCGGCAACAAAUGGGGAGGCGGGUUAUGGCUUUAUAACCAGAAUCUCGAAAAAUGGGAACCGCACUCCGAUUACCCGUAGCCCCCGUCCGUUCCCCGUAGCAUCAUGUCCUCGAUGACCGACUACUCGUCGUGGUCCCCCGCAUCGACUUCCGCAUCCGGCUUGAGCCCGCACUCUCCCGUACAUCCCGCCUCGCUUGUAGAUCCGGCCAACCACUCUUCUGCGAUCCUGGAACUUCUGGAUAUCGAGUUCACCCCUUCUGUGAUAGCAUACAUCGUCGAAUGCGUAUCUGAUACCGUCCGCUUCGCUUUGACCCGUGACUCUCCAAACCAAGACGACCAUGCGCAGCGCACCUCCAAGCUGCCCUCUUACGAGUCUCAGUUUCCCAAGUUCGUUCGCUCGGUGCUCUCCCGUGCCGAAGUCACACCUGCUACCGUACUCGUUGCCCUGGUAUAUAUCGCCAGAGCGCGUGCGCACCUUUCCAUCGCAAUCGAAGAUUGGGCUCUGGAGCGCGUAUUCUUGGGCGCGCUCAUUGUCGCGAGCAAGUUCACGCAGGACAGCACUCUGCGUAAUGUGCACUGGGCGCUGUGCACGGGUGUCUUUGGGAAGCGAGACAUCGGCCGGAUUGAGCGAGAGUUCCUCGAGGUCCUCGAUUGGGAUCUGCUUGUGAAAGAGGAGGAGAUCCUGGCGCAUUGGGAAGGAGUCAUGGGCCUUGAGACGGGUACGAUUGAGUCGGGGUUGCCUGCUGUGGCAGACAUGUCUGGUGUGAAAUCCGAGUCUUCCUCCUCCACACCAUCUACCACAUCCUCCUCUUACCGGCAUUCUCACCAUCAUCACCGCCACCCGUAUCACCACCCUCACCACCACCAUCGACAUACUGUUCCCGAGCUCGAGCCAUCGAGCCCCACCAGCACAUGCUCGUCGUCCCUACCCACACCGCACAUGACACUGUCCGUCCCCGAAACGCUGCCGGUCGAGGUGUCACUUCCGGUCCUUACCCGACAAUCGGGCAAGGAGGAACAUCAGCACCACUCCCGCUUCGGUGACUUGCUCCACGCUCUCCACCUUCCGCGGAUAGGAGGCCAUCAUGGGCACCGUAAUCGCCCGCAAGCACGUCCUAUCUCGGUUUCCGCUGCAUAGUUGCCAUCCAGCUUUGCGAAGCGGUCGAGGAGGGCACCCAACAACUUACGACUGGUUUGUCCGCUUGGGCGCAAAAGUAACCUAAUAGUAGUCCUGCAAGGCUUGUACGAUCGAUAAAUCAGAAGUGACCAAAUGUACUCUCAGUGUUAGUAGUUUGUACUACAAUAAUACUUACAUGUAGCAAGCCUGCGUGGAUCUUAUCUAAUACUCACCUGCAACAUCUUAUCCAGAUCCGUCCUUGACUCAUAUUCCGAGCCCUCGGCAUCAAUGCCGCUUCCGCGCUGACUGAAGCCCCGGAAGAGCGGAAGACAAGUCGCGAUGACUGGCUUGAUUAUGACAGGUGGUACGAUGCGACCCAGCGGAGGACAAGAGAGAAGUAGAUAGAUUGUGACUCCGUGUGACUGUCCAGCGAUUAUCACGUGCUUCACGCAAUUUCAUUUUCA